AUGCGAGGCUUAGGAGCCUUCACCGCGCUCAUCGCCUCAGUACCAACGAUAUCUCAAGCCCACAGUCUCGACAACUUCGCCUCCCCUCCAAACACAUACCGCCCAAAGUUCAGAUACUGGCUCCCCGAUGCCGAAGUCGACAUUGAAGCAGUCACCCGUGACGUGGCCGAGAUAGCCUCCGUCGGCGCAGGCGGUCUCGAGUUCCUUCCCUACUACCAGUUCCACUCGCCCUCAGCGAACUGGUCCACCUACGGCUACGGUACAAACGCUUCUCGUGCCGUGUUUCGUGCGGCGAUGGAGGCGGCCGCGGAUGAUGAUCUCCUCUUUGACUUUUCUAUUGGUGCGAAUCAGGGGCAGGGCGUGCCUUCGGAGCCAGAGAGUGUUGGGCUUGCGUUGGAGUUGGCAUACGUGAAUAUCACAGUCUCUCCAGGCCACGCCUUCAACGGGACCCUCCCUCUCUCAACCCAGCCCGCGAGCCCCUCCCUCCACCUCUUCAUGCACCCAUGCGAAGAAUUCGGCCAGCAGAUCCUCUCUUUCGUCCUAGCUGUGGAAGAAACGCCGGCAUCCAACGCUUCAUCCACCGCCGUCAAACUCGGCCGAGUUAUCGACAUCACAGCCUCAGUAGACUCAUUCACGAGAUCCGUCUCAAGGACACCUCCGGAAGACUCACAGAACACUUGGCGAAUAAUGGCUUGGUACACACGCUACACCAACCAACGCUCCAUCGACGGCGCGCCCGAUGCUACAACGUGGGUGCAGAACGGAUCCUGGGUCACCGACCACUUCAGCGCCGCGGGGGCGAAGAAGUUGACGGGCUUCUUUGACGACUACAUCGUGUCUGAAGAGCAGGAUAGAGAACUACUCGCUCGUGUGGGAAAGUAUGCCUGGGAAGACAGUAUGGAAAUGGACACAGCUUUAUGGUGGACACACAACUUCGCCGACACAUUUCGCGAACAACGAGGCUACGACAUCGCAACGUGCCUCCCCUUCCUCAUCCAACGCGAGAACUACUGGGCAGCACAGAACCUCCCCUACGGCGAAUCCUUCCUCUCGGACAGCAACAGCACCCUAGUCUCGCGCUGCAACGACGACUACCGCCUUACCCUCCAACAUGGAUACGAGGAAUACAUCCGCGCAACCUCGGAAUGGGCUCACGAGCGAGGGCUGGAAUACUCCAACCAGCCAGCUUACAACCUCCCCCUGAACAUGCUCGACUCAAUCCCCCUCGUCGCCGCCCCAGAAGGCGAAUCCCUAGGCUUCAAAGACUCCCCCUCCCUCUACCGCCACCUCUCCGGCCCAGCCCAUAUGGCCCGCAACCCAGUCGUCUCCUCCGAAGCCGGCGCCGUUAGCGGCGCAAGCUACACCCAAACCAUCCCGGACCUCCUCCUCAUCGUCCGCCGCGGUCUCGCGGGCGGGGUGAGCAUGAACGUCUUUCACGAGUACGCUUAUUCUGGCGCGUAUGCUCAGACGACAUGGCCUGGGUAUACCGUCUUCUCGUACACGUUUACCGAUGUGUGGGGACCGCGGAUGCCGUCGUGGAGGAGCCAGCAUGGUGACAACGGCACCGGUGAUGGGUUCAUGGCUGAUGCGAUGGCGUACGUCGCGCGAAAUCAGUUUAUAAGUCAAAUUGGUGCUGCGAGGGUAGAUCUCGCAUUCUACCAGUACGCAGCACCGUUCGCCAAACUCGUCUAUGAUAGCGACAACCUCGAGAAGCUGGGCUUCACGUACGACUACCUCGGCCCCGCAAGCUUCUCCUCCUCAAACGCCGUCGUCAGCAAAGAUGGUGUCCUCGCGCCGGGCGGACCGGCGUAUAAAGCUCUCAUCUUUGCCAACCAGACGAAGCUGACGGCGGAGAUGGCGGCGCAAACGAUGGCGUUCGCGGAAGCAGGGCUACCAAUAUUCGUUGUCGGGAGCGCAGAGUUCCAGAGUGUUGGUGCCCAUGGGGUUGAUUCCGUCCCGAAGAUCAUGGCAACGGUCCUUGAGAUGGAGGGCGUGAGGAUGCUUGCGUCCGUGGAGGAGUUACCUGCCGCGCUCGCUGCCCUCGAUACCCGGCCUCGAGUUGAGUUUUCGGGAGAGAGUGGUGUUGAGAAGUGGUAUUCGUUCUCGCGGAGCACAGAGGAUGCGGAGGUGGUGUUCUUAACACCCUACGUUCUCGACGCCUGGACGGGCUCGGCAUCACCGCUUUUACGGUACACAGUCGAGGAGAACAAUAUGAUCGUGCCCGUGACACUCGCCGCGAACCAGACCACCAUCCUCGUCUUCUCCAACCAAACCUCAUCCGCAGCUGAUGAUCACAACACAUCCAUCCUGCCUCGUCCGCCAAGCACUCACAUAACAUCCACCUCCGGCGCCCUCUCAGCCCUCCUCUACACCACAACCCAAGAUCCCACCACAAACACCACGACCAACAACACCCGCAUCGCAGCACACCUCUCCCCCGGCAUCACAAAACUAACCCUCGCCACCGGCCAAACCCUAACCUUCACCGCCUCUCAGCUCCGAGAAGCAACGGCCCUCGACCCAUGGAACAUCACAGUCAACGACUGGCGCAGCGGAAACGACUCUUUCUCCAUGGAAACCGCAAUCACACCGUACCGGUUCCUCGACAGCCCGCUAGCGUCGUGGAAGGAUCUGGAUCCCGUGAAUCUGGGUAACACGAGCGGAGCCCGUCUUCAUCUAGGCGCCAUCACCGACGCGAAGAUGCUAUGGGUCAACAACGAUCGAGUGAUCCUUGACGUGAACAGCUCCCCUGACGUUGUGGUGGACAUCACGAAUUACCUCAACCCCGCGGGCGCCGACAACGUGGAAAAGGUUGAAGUUGCUUCGACGCUGUAUAACCGCGUGAGAGCGGAGCAGGAUAGCGUCAUGACGUUUGGAGUCGCUGCUUCCGUGGCGGGUGCGAGUUACUUCAAAGCCAACCCUGCCAAGGAGUAUGGACUUAGGGGACCUGUAUCGGUUCAAUGGGUUGAGGUUGUCGACGUACUUUCAGGCGGUGUCAUCACAAUUUUGAAUAUACACAGCAUGGUGCUGGUUUGUGUUUUCUAG